GCUGGGCCUGUGGCCUAGAAGGCAGUCUUGUGGGUGCCUCCUCCCCCAGCCGCAACUCAGGUCUGCAGCUGGGUCCUGCCUCCUUCCGAGUGGGCCAUGGCCGGGACAUGGCUGCUACUUCUCCUGGCCCUUGGGUGUCCAGCCCUACCCACAGGUGUGGGCGGCAUACCCUUUCCUUCUCUGGCCCCACCAAUCAUGCUGCUGGUGGAUGGAAAGCAGCAGAUGGUGGUGGUCUGCCUGGUCCUUGAUGUUGCACCCCCUGGCCUUGACAGCCCCAUCUGGUUCUCAGCCGGCAAUGGCAGUGCACUGGAUGCCUUCACCUAUGGCCCUUCCCCAGCAACGGAUGGCACCUGGACCAACUUGGCCCAUCUCUCCCUGCCUUCUGAGGAGCUGGCAUCCUGGGAGCCUUUGGUCUGCCACACUGGGCCUGGGGCUGAGGGUCACAGCAGGAGUACACAGCCCGUGCAGCUGUCAGGAGAGGCUUCUACAGCCAGGACCUGCCCCCAGGAGCCUCUCAGGGGGACACCGGGUGGGGCGCUGUGGCUGGGGGUCCUGCGGCUGCUGCUCUUCAAGCUGCUGCUGUUUGACCUGCUCCUGACCUGCAGCUGCCUGUGCGACCCCGCGGGCCUGCUGCCUUCCCCCGCAACCACCACCCGCCUGCGAGCCCUCGGCUCCCAUCGACUGCACCUGGCCACGGAGACUGGGGGACGAGAGGCCACCAGCUCACCCAGACCCCAGCCUCGGGACUGCCGCUGGGGUGACACCCCUCCGGGUCGGAAGCCCAGGAGCCCAGUAUGGGGGGAAGGGUCUUACCUCAGCAGUUACCCCACUUGCCCAGCACGGGCCUGGUGCUCAAGAUCUGCCCUCAGGACUCCUUCCUCGAGUCUUGGAGCAUUUUUUGCAGGUGACCUGCCUCCUCCUCUGCAGGCUGGAGCUGCCUGAGGGCAGGGCUCUACCUCCCCUGCGUCAUACUGUGUGAGGCUGUGUCUCUGCCAUCCAAAAGGGGGCCCCUUGAGAAUGGUGAUCCACCCAGUUACAGGGGCAUUUAGGGAGCAGAUGACUGAGAACAUUAAAAAAGAACUUAAAUGACACAGCAAA